AUGCGAAACAUAGCUCUAUUUAUUGGCGUGGCCUUGCAGGCAAUUCCUGUCGCUACCGCUCAAAUGAAUGAACAGCAUAAAGUGAAUGUUGGACAAUAUGCCCAGUAUCCUGUUCCAAAUACUGAAACCCUCACUAUUUUGGAUAGCCUAUCAAAUGACCAGACUGAGGACUCAACUGAAUUCUGCGCCUCUGAUACAUUUUAUACUACAAUUGAAGGCGAUACCUGUGACUCUAUUGCCAUCCAAUACAAGCUCUCUUCGACAGCUUUGUUCAUGGGGAGCGAGCAAAUUCAGAACUGCAGCAAUAUCCCGGCUGGUCUAUCCUUAUGCCUUCCAUUUUCUUGCGGAGAAAUUUACGCCUACUCUGCGGAUGAUACCUGCUUUUCCAUUGAGGGAAAGAUGAAUAUGAGACGAUUCACCCCACUAUCUUAUUUGAACCCUUGGAUUGAUGGCCGUUGUACCAAUCUUCAGGACUGGGCCGAGACACACGGUCGUGUUGUGUGUAUGUCAUAUCAAGCUGGUCUGUACACCGAAAUGGCACCGCCACCAGGGGUGAACUCGCUGCCAAAGAUAUGGAGAUCAUCACCAACAAGAAAUGCACCUCUGCCAGAUGAUGCAUCUGUCGCAGAAGGGACGACCAGAGAAUGUGGAAAGUGGCACGUUGUCCGUGAGGGGGAUACAUGUGCUUCGAUUACCGCUCUCGGAGGUAUCGAAUAUUCCGUCUUCUCCGCUGCCAAUCCAUCGGCGCUGUCCAAAAAGGAUUGUACUGCAAACUUGCUGGUGGGCUUCGCGUACUGCAUUGGGCCGACAAGGAAUUGGGAGCUCACCAGAUAUAAAGAUUAA